UGUCAGAAGACAGCAUCUGUCAAAGCCCACAUUUAAACUGCUGCCUGCCUGUGCAGCAGCUGAAGAACUACAGAAUGGAUUUCAGAGACCACAAUCCUCGCCUAAAACAGCUCGAACCCAUUUCUACUACUGCCUAGCAACAAUGAAGGAGGGAAGAGAGGCAAAUCCUAUUACUGAAGGCAAGUGAGCCACUACGUGCUAGCACUCACAGCUAACAUUACCAUUAGAAAUAUGGAUACUGAGGAGAGGAGAACACAGCACUGCAUUGUCCGGCAAGGGAAACACCAGAUGUAAAAGCUCCAAGACAUCGGCUGCGAACACCAGACGAGCCCGAUCGGAACAGGAACGAGAACUACUGUCCUUUUGUUCGAACAAUGAACAAAAAGCCCCAAGACAAGGACAACACUUAUGAGCAGGGAAGGUAACGCGGCAACGGGCAGACAGAUGGACAGAUUGGAUACCGUGAAAAGCGAUCGCAGGAAGCAGACUGCUGGGGGAUGUGCGCAUGUUCGAUAGCAUCUUUUUUGCUGAAGUGAUGGCGUGCCAAAACUAUUUUCUGGGGGUAUAAUCCUCGCACCAUAAAUGGCCUGACCAAGGAAGCAAAAUGUCAUCAGACUAGUAUCAGCCAAGCAUAAAUUGGGAGUGUGCAAAAAGACUGGACAUGAUUUAAACCAUCAGCAGCACGAUCAGGCACCACAUUUUACAAGUAACAUCAGGCUCCCCUGAGAUCCCAAAAGGAAACCUUCAAACACUACACAUUCAAAAUGAGUGAGCCAUUUGCAGAGAAUCACUCAACAUAAGCAAAAGAAAAUGAAUACCAAAGAAUAGCAGCGGAUCCAGAAAGGAAGGGAAAAGCAUUUUGCUUGGCCAUUGUCUCAUCAUUGGAUUCUUACAACAUGCUUCAGUGGAGAAGACGACACUGCUGCUUUGCAAAGAUGACCUGGAAUACCAAAAGGUCUCUAUUUCGCACCCAUCUCAUUGGCCUGGUCUCUCUCGUAUUUCUUUUUGCUGUGUUUCUGUUUUUUAAUCAUCACGACUGGCUGCCGGGCAGGGCUGCUUUCAGAGAAAAUCCCAUGGCUUACACUAUACGAGGAUUUAGGUCUACUAAGAGUGAGAUGAACCACAGCUCUCUAAGGAACGUGUGGAAAGACGCCGUACCUCAGACUCUCAGGCCUCAAACAGUCACCAACUCCAACAACACCGAGCUGUCACCCCAAGGAGUUACCGGUCUGGAAAACACGCUCAGUGCCAAUGGAAGUAUUUACAAUGAGAAAGGUGCUGGGCAUCCAACUUCGUAUCAUUUCAAAUACAUCAUCAAUGAGCCUGAAAAAUGCCAGGAGAAGACCCCUUUUCUAAUUUUGCUCAUAGCUGCAGAGCCAGGCCAAGUGGAAGCUAGACAGGCGAUUCGACAAACCUGGGGGAACGAAAGCCUGACACCUGGCAUCCAAAUUGUUCGCAUCUUUCUGCUGGGGCUAAGCAUCAAGAUAAACGGAUACCUACAACGCACCAUACUAGAGGAAAGUAGACAAUACCAUGACAUCAUUCAACAAGAAUACUUAGACACCUAUUAUAAUUUAACCAUUAAAACUCUGAUGGGAAUGAACUGGGUUGCAUCGUAUUGUCCAAGUGUUCCGUAUGUUAUGAAAACUGACAGUGAUAUGUUUGUCAAUACUGAGUAUUUAAUACACAAGCUUCUGAAACCAGAACUUCCUCCAAGGCACAAAUAUUUUACAGGUUAUUUAAUGAGAGGUUACGCACCUAACAGGAACAAGGAUAGCAAGUGGUACAUGCCACCUGAUUUGUAUCCAAGCGAACGUUAUCCUGUAUUCUGCUCUGGAACUGGUUAUGUUUUUUCUGGAGAUUUAGCAGAAAAAAUCUUUAAAGUCUCCUUAGGCAUCAGACGUUUACAUUUAGAGGAUGUAUACGUGGGGAUCUGCCUUGCCAAGCUGCGAAUUGACCCCAUGCCUCCACCCAACGAGUUUGUCUUCAAUCACUGGCGAGUUUCUUACUCCAGCUGUAAAUAUAGCCACCUAAUUACCUCCCAUCAGUUCCAACCUAGUGAACUGAUCAAAUACUGGAACCACUUACAACAGAAUAAGCACAAUGCCUGUGCCAAUGCAGCGAAGGAAAAAGCAGGCAGGUAUCGCCACCGUAAACUGCACUAGAAGGACAGCACUCCCUCUAUCAAAUGUAUCCCACGUGCAAUUUGUAAAUAUCGCUGAACGCAUGUACAGUGAAAAUGGAUGAGCUUAACGGGACAGCCUUUAGUUGAUCCCCAUCUCACAUAGUGGAGUCUGAAAAUUAUUUUUUUAAUUUAAAAUAAAAAGUAUAGUUCUCAAAAACACUAAUAUUAUGAAACCGUGACCAAAAGGUUUUCCCAGCAAACUUGAAGGAAAAAGAUGAGAUAAAGAUUUUUGUGUUAAUGUGCAAUAAUAAGCAUGCACACUUUGGUGGUCCAAUUGCUGACUUCUGUGCCAAUAAAAUAUAAUUGAGCAUAUUUUCCACACAAAUUUUAUUUAAAAAAUGCAUUCAUACCUCUAGUUCAAUGUAAUGAUUUCUUGUUAUCUCGAAUUGCUAGAAGUAAAAUGCAAAAUGAGAAACAAAGGAAAUGCACAAAGGGCAGAUCAUUUUUACCUUCAAAUACCACAUUAAAAUUAUUACACACUUCUUUAACAUACAACAUAUUUAGCAGUGUCACAUUUACACUUAAGACACUACCAAAAGAACGGUAAAAGAAUGCAAAAGCACUCCGUUAAAGUACAUCCAGUUCUGGCGUGGGUGCUUUUUGGAAGGGAUUAGGAAAAAGGAUAAAUGAAAACCAAGUUCAGACUACCACUUUGUACAUCGCCUUCUGAAAUGUUACUGGUGUUCUUGAUUCAACUCCAGUUUCAACUACAUCUUCCUGAAAGAGGUGACAAAGUUGCUUAAUUCUGUACAAGUCAUAGGGCAAGCUCCUAAAUUCUGGUGCCAAGUAACAUUCAUAUUGGCAUCUUGGUGCAAAUUCAUUGAAUCUGCUAUUAAUUUCCUUACAUAACUUCAAGACAGCUCAAAGGCUGAUUGGAUAUGCAAAAUGGAACUUCAAGUCUUUCACCAGAGUCUCAAAAAUGUUCUGUUUUCUAAAAGAGGGAGAAAACCUACCAAAUCUUUGUUGGUUUUGCUCUUUACUGCCUUUCAAAAAAAAAAAAAAAAAAGAGGACCAGUCAAGUAAAAAUAGGUUUGCUAGAGGAAAUUAAGCCAAACGCUUUAUAGAUGGGGAGGACUAAGUCAUAAGAUUGACGUUUCCCGGUAGCAAUACGGGCGAGAACAAAAUAGAAGCAUUUUUAAAAAUUAAAGCCACAACAUCUGCCACUGAAAACAAGAUUGAAAAGAAGGUUAGAUCUAUUUACAGGUUUCCAAGUUUUCUAACAAACAGAACUUUUAAAGUUUAUUUUCCAACAAAGUUACAGAAGCAUUGCAUCAGAAUCAGGUUAUUACUAUUUGUCACAGUGCCAGGGUAAGCAAUACCCGCAUUUGAUUGAGCAGUAAAUGAUGGAACUGUGAUUGGUUUUCUGUUUGACCAGUACUUUUUAAUUGGGUAAAAUACAAAUAUUUGAUGUACUUUUAUUAUUUAAUAAAAUUGAUUAUAUUUAUGGUCUUUCAGCCUUCACUUUUUAUGGUAAAGCUGCUCAGGAAGAAAUAAAUUGCUAGAUUCAGCAUUAA